CGAGCAACCAAACCCAACAUGCGAUCCUACGAGAUUGAGCAGAAGUUCGCGUUCAACCUAGCCCUCCUCGCACGCUUUCGAACAAACCGUGGAAGCCCACCGUUCCGAUCCCUUUGUCAUCAGCAGACAGAGCGCCUUCAAGACGAAUACUUCGAUUCUGCCAAUCAACUGUCGAAGAACGGUGUGUGGAUACGGAAACGCAAUGAGUCUUGGGAGGCCAAACAUCGCCAGGGCGGAGACUACCUCCGAUCCUCCUUCUACGAGACCGAUAAGGUUGACGAGAUCAAGAGACUCGUUGCUAAAUAUGCGCCCGCGGAGGAUAGCCCAAGGCUAGAAGCCAACUUCGGCUUGAAUAGUAUCUGUCGCUACCUUACAACACGAGAGACCUUUGUCGCAGACCAUCGAUUCACGAUUAUGCUAGACUCGACAGAUUUUGGUCAUUCCGUCGGUGAAGUCGAACUGCAGACGCGCGAUCCUACAGCAGCGCACGCAGAUAUCGACAAGUUUAUGCAGAAGUACGCAUGGUUUUUUGUAAACAAAACACCUCCGAAGGGGAAGAUGACCGCUUACUUUGAGCUAUAUGGGCAUCCUUCCAAGUCUGAUUUAUAGUUAUCUAUCCCAUCGUUCGGAGAGGACACAUGGCCUUCCUAGACAAAGCCGAUUAAUACAAAAAUGGGACUGCUUGCAGGCAAUGAAGGGGCCAGUCGCACGUUGAGUAUGGGAUAGGAUUGUGCUGGUGCCGGGAUAGUAUCGGAAAAGCGUCGGAAAGGUAGCUUCUGCUGCUGACUUUGAAUCGAACAAAUGGACUAGAAGAGCCUUUCAAAUCCUGCAAAUCUUUUUGCACUGGUCCAAGUCUUUCAUGUAACGUCACGCACUUCUGAAGCAAUCUUGCUAAAGUAGCAAAAGAUGAAAUAAUUGACUCUCAAUUUUUGGUGACGCAAAAGAGCACAAUAAUCACAAACAACGGGCAAACUAAAUUAC